AUGAUGGAAAAUGAUGUGUAUAUUGAAUCUGUUGAACUGGCUCUGAAUGUUCUCGACGGAUAUGAUGUUCGCGGUAAGAAAAUCAGCGUUCAACGGGCUGAAUUUCAAAUGCGAGGUGAAUACAAUCCAGCAUUAAAACCACGAAUGAAGAAACAGGAGAAAGAAAAGAUGAAAAAAAUUCAAGAAAAACUGUUUGAUUGGCGUCCAGAGAAGAUGAGAGGUGAACGUGCAAAGCAUGAACGAACUGUCAUAAUUAAAAAUCUUUUCGAGCCUGAAUUAUUUGACCGCGAAGUGCAACUGAUACUUGAAUAUCAAAACGAUUUGCGUGAAGAGUGUGGCAAGUGUGGAACUGUUCGGAAAGUUGUUGUUUAUGAUCGUCAUCCUGAGGGUAUCGCACAGAUCACGAUGGGAGAUGCUGAAGAAGCUGAUCUUGUUAUUCAAUUGAUGAAUGGGAGAUUUUUUGGCCAACGGAAGCUUUCAGCGGAAGCGUGGGAUGGAAAAACCAAAUACAAAAUCGACGAGUCCGAAGCCGAUAAGAAUGAACGAUUGGCAAAGUGGCAAAACUAUUUGGAAACCGAAGAUGCAAAGAAAGAACUUGCUGAAAGAAAUCAACAAAUGGAUGGGGAUGGAACGAAGGAAGAAUCAUCGAAAAGUGGAAAACCAGAAAUAGAUUUGAGUUGUGCGAAAUGAAUGUAACAAUAAAUGACCCAUGCCGAAUAAAAAAUCUUUUCAACUAACAGUUCCAUUUACU